AUGCGAAUAAAAGAUGAUCGACAACCUUUAUUAUAUGAUAGAGUAAUUUCGACGAAAUUUUUACCUGUUACCGAUAUUCCUAAUACGGCUCGUGUAAAACUCGUACUGUAUAAUGUCAGUGAACGACCGAUUAAAUACAAAUUGAAAUGCGAAAUGAAAACAUUAAUUACGGCUGAACCACAAGCUUCCGGUAUUAUACCGGCUCAUGGUGUUGGUUCUUGUUUACUGAUAUGGCGUCGAGCACCAGAGAUAAGUAAUUGGAAAGAUUUGAAGACAACCUCAUUGGUAAUGAUAACAGAAUUUGAAGGUUCCGAUGAUCCAAUUAUAAACGAACAUACUGUCACAAAAAUUAAAUGUCGUAUAUCAUCAUCAGCGAUGUGUAGUAGUACGAAACCACCGGAAGAAUAUGUUACUUUUAAAAGUUCCCUUGAUUCGGUAUUACCACGAACUCCAAAUCCAGAAUCAAAAGUAACUGCGCCAGUUACAGGAUUACAAUGUUCACCAAGCACAUCUGAAAUAAAGUCGAAAAAUGUUAUGGCUGUAAACAAACGUGAUUUAUCAACUAAUGCUUCCGAACAUUCGGCAGGAUUUUAUAUAGAAGCUAAGGGUGCAAUUAUCAUUGCAUUAAUUAUUGUAAUCAUUAUCUUAUGCAUUCAGGAACUUCUGAGAAUCAAAUCUGAGCCUGAAUAG